AUGACAACGUCGGUGAAAGAUGAAAUUGUCGAAAUGAGCGCAAAUGACUUCUGGCAAGACAUCAAAGACGAUUAUCUGCGGAAAAUGGCGAACACGGAUCCGAGCGACGUUUAUCCGAGCAAUAAUCCAGGUUUUUCAUAUGAAAAGAUUUCAAAAUUUGUUAUUAUUCAGAAUGAUUCAUUGUUGCUCUCCAGUUUGUUAUAGCUGAAUUCUGUGAAAAAGAAAAGAUCCAAGUGAUUUUUUGACAAUUUCAGGCCCAGAGACAGCGGAGGGCGGCGUGAACUUCGAAUGUCACUGCGUCGGACAUCUCGUCGCCAGCCCGUGCGGAUUCGAAUUUCGCGAAGCGAUCACGUGUCAGAAGGCGACGAGUGCGGACCAAAUGGAACAGGUUCGGGGGAAAAUUUGCAAAAUUCAUUCUAGAAAACUUGCAGGGAGCAUGUGGAAAAGAGCUGAUGGCAUUCAUGGAAUGUGCAACUCGGACGCAGUGCUUCAAAGUCAACGACGAGAAACAAUAA